AAAUAUUCAAARCKAUGAUWUGGGUCAGGACGUUGAGGUGUUUAAAGGGAAAMGCCMUACGUAGRAAACUACACUGCACAACUUAUUUGAAAAAUGAAUUCAAGGGUGGUGCUCCAUUGACAGGUGUUAGAGUUCUUGACCUUACAAGGGUACUAGCUGGUCCAUUUGCAUCUAUGCUUCUUGGUGACCUUGGAGCAGAAGUUGUUAAAGUUGAGAAACCUGGUGAGGGGGAUGAUACAAGAUCGUGGGGUCCUCCAUUUGUUGGAUCAGAAAGUACAUAUUUUUUGUCUGUAAAUAGAAAUAAAAAGAGUAUAGCAAUAGAUUUUAAAGACCCAAAGGGYUCAGAAAUUAUUAAAGAGUUAGCCAUAAAAAGUGAUGUUCUCUUGGAAAACUACCUACCAGGAAAGCUUGAUAAGCUAGGACUUGGAUAUGAAUCACUUAGAAAGGAUAAUCCAUCUCUUGUUUAUUGCUCAAUUACUGGCUAUGGACCAGGAGGUCCGUAUGAUCAGAGAGCCGGUUAUGAUGUUAUUGUCUCUGCUGUUGGAGGCCUCAUGAAUAUCACUGGUCCAGAGGAUGGUGAUCCAUGCAAAUCAGGUGUUGCAUUAAUUGAUUUGGUCACAGGUUUAUAUGCUCAUGGUGCAGUUAUGGYGGCAUUACUUAAAAGACAGAAAACAGGUCAAGGACAAAAAAUUGACUGCUCCCUCUUAGCAUCCCAGGUUGCAGUUUUAAGCCAUGUUGCCACAAGUUAUCUGAAUACAGGAUUUAAGACAGGUCGAUAUGGAACUGCUCACCACAGUAUAGUCCCUUAUCAGGCCUUCAAAACAAAAGAUGGUCAUCUCUUGGUUGGUGCUGGAAAUGAUGGUCUUUUCCAAAAAUUAUGCCAGGUGCUUGAUGUGCCAAACCUCUCAAAAGAUAAYCRAUUCCAGACUAACGACAAAAGAGUUUUGAACCGCAAAGUAUUAAUCAAUGUUCUAGAGAAAAAGUUUCAGAAUAAAACAACRAAAGAGUGGCUGUGUUUAUUAGAGGACAGUGGCAUUCCGUAUGGUCCUAUUAAUGAUGUUGAACAAGUAUUUGAAGAUCCCCAGGUAAAAUACAAGGAGAUGGUGCAAGAAAUGGCCCAUCCUUCCCUGGGAAGCGUCAAAGUACCAGGUCCGGCCGUGGAGUACAAUGGCCAAACRUCAUCAUUCCUUGCAUCUCCUCCUCCCUUGCUUGGACAACACACCAAAGAAAUUUUACGAGAUAUUCUAGGUUAUGAUAGWGAACAAAUCUCAAAGUUAUUGCAUUCAAAGUGUGUCGUCAGUCAUGAUAUUGAUGAAGAAUUAAAAGGAAGUUGAGMAAACGCCGCAAAGAAUAAAUAUUAAUAGCCAUAAAUAUUAAUAUAUCUASACCACAGAUAGCCCAAGCUCUACUGUGAAGGCUAAAACUUGAAAAUACAUUGAAUAAAAGUCUUUAAAAUUAAAAUGCAGAA